AUGAAAGCACAGGGUCGCAAUUUGCGAUUUUCUCAGGUCUUUGUGCCGCACUUCCCGGUCGUGCAGGCACCUGCACGACUUGGCUUCGCAAUCAAUGUGACCGGCGCAAGUUGUCAAGGGCUCACUGUUGAGGAGCUUCUGCUGACAGAGGCUUUCGCUGACGUGAGCCACCUGAAGAUUGCUUUGCAAGCGGACAUUGGAAUUCGUUGCCUCGUGAACACGUCACUCGAGGUUGGAAAAGUUCACCCAUGUACGAUGGCUAUCGCAUCUUCGGCAUCAGUGAUCAAGCUUGGCAUGCAGGUACCCUCGGUGGAUGGAUUCCCAGGCAAAGCUUCAACCACGUGCGAGCUAACUCCGGACAUCACCCAGUUGGACUUCCAUGGAGGGUCUCCUGCAUGCGACGUCUUGAAGAUUGCGGAGCAGGGAAUACGAGCUUUGGUGAAUGACUUGGCUUCGAAGGUGCUGUGCAGCAAGGUUUCUUCAGCUCUCGCUGCGCUUUCUUCAGAGGUUUCCCGGGAACUCAAGCAGCAAGUUCAACCAUAUCUUAAGCCAGCAGCCGCCCUCCAACCUCCUUCCAUCGAUGGCGCCAUCGAUCUGGAGAAAAUCUUCUGGAAGGGGCCUGUGGGCCAUGUGUUUCGAUCUUUUCUACGAGAGGUUGGACAUGUGGACAACGACGUCGAAUUCAACAAGGUGGUGCGCUUCUUGCGCUCCGAUCUUGGACUUGGUGCACUUUCCCUGCCAGCUCGGCCGGGGGUCGAGGUGGUGUUGCCAUGGAUUGAGAAUGCGGUUUUCACCAUGGCGAUGAAGAGUGCCACCGUGGACGUAAGCCUCAUAGAGGAUCUUCACUUUGGCUUUUCCGCACCCUCAGCAGCGAGACUUUCAGUUGAGAGAAAAACAGCCCGGGACCAAACGCGCCCGAAGCGUCGCACUGGUGUCAAAAUGUUCAAGAACACAUACCAGUCGGGCUUCCUGUCAAUCCUCUACUCCAUCGGCAGCAAGCCACUUCAAAUCUGGGACAAGAAGGUCCGCAAUGGGCACAUCAAGCGUCUCACCGACUCUGACAUCCAGUCGAGCGUGUUGGAGAUCAUGGGCACCAAUGUGAGCACCACCUACAUCACAUGCCCAGCCGAUCCUUCGAAGACCUUGGGCAUCAAGCUGCCUUUCUUGGUCAUGAUCAUCAAGAACCUGAAGAAGUACUUCACCUUUGAGGUGACGGUGUUGGACGACAAAGAAGUGCGGCGACGCUUCCGUGCUUCGAACUACCAAAGCACCACCAGGGUGAAGCCGUUCAUUUGCACGAUGCCCAUGAGGCUGGAUGAAGGUUGGAAUCAGAUCCAGUUCAACUUGUCUGACUUCACGCGCCGUGCCUACGGCACCAACUACAUCGAGACACUCCGCGUGCAGCUGCAUGCAAAUUGCCGCAUCCGCCGCAUCUACUUCAGCGACCGCUUGUACAGCGAGGAGGAACUCCCUCCUGAGUUCAAGCUGUUCUUGCCCGUGGCACAGAAGGCGCAGGCUCAGGCACAAGCGCAAGCACCGGCUCCAGCUUGA